AUGUCAGCAGCCUCUCCCGCACCUCUGCCAUGUCAGCAGCCUCUCCCGCACCUCUGCCAUGUCAGCAGCCUCUCCCGCACCUCUGCCAUGUCAGCAGCCUCUCCCGCAUCUCUGCCAUGUCAGCAGCCUCUCCCGCACCUCUGCCAUGUCAGCAGCCUCUCCCGCACCUCUGCCAUGUCAGCAGCCUCUCCCGCACCUCUGCCAUGUCAGCAGCCUCUCCCGCACCUCUGCCAUGUCAGCAGCCUCUCCCGCACCUCUGCCAUGUCAGCAGCCUCUCCCGCACCUCUGCCAUGUCAGCAGCCUCUCCCGCAUCUCUGCCAUGUCAGCAGCCUCUCCCGCACCUCUGCCAUGUCAGCAGCCUCUCCCGCACCUCUGCCAUGUCAGCAGCCUCUCCCGCACCUCUGCCAUGUCAGCAGCCUCUCCCGCACCUCUGCCAUGUCAGCAGCCUCUCCCGCACCUCUGCCAUGUCAGCAGCCUCUCCCGCAUCUCUGCCAUGUCAGCAGCCUCUCCCGCACCUCUGCCAUGUCAGCAGCCUCUCCCGCACCUCUGCCAUGUCAGCAGCCUCUCCCGCACCUCUGCCAUGUCAGCAGCCUCUCCCGCACCUCUGCCAUGUCAGCAGCCUCUCCCGCACCUCUGCCAUGUCAGCAGCCUCUCCCGCACCUCUGCCAUGUCAGCAGCCUCUCCCGCAUCUCUGCCAUGUCAGCAGCCUCUCCCGCACCUCUGCCAUGUCAGCAGCCUCUCCCGCACCUCUGCCAUGUCAGCAGCCUCUCCCGCACCUCUGCCAUGUCAGCAGCCCUCUCCCGCAUCUCUGCCAUGUCAGCAGCCUCUCCCGCACCUCUGCCAUGUCAGCAGCCUCUCCCGCACCUCUGCCAUGUCAGCAGCCUCUCCCGCACCUCUGCCAUGUCAGCAGCCUCUCCGCACCUCUGCCAUGUCAGCAGCCUCUCCCGCACCUCUGCCAUGUCAGCAGCAGCCUCUCCCGCACCUCUGCCAUGUCAGCAGCCUCUCCCGCAUCUCUGCCAUGUCAGCAGCCUCUCCCGCACCUCUGCCAUGUCAGCAGCCUCUCCCGCAUCUCUGCCAUGUCAGCAGCCUCUCCCGCACCUCUGCCAUGUCAGCAGCAUCUCCCGUGCCGCUGUAGAGGUGAACAGCGCGCCAGUGCUACAGGGGUGGGAGAGUUGGUGGAGCACAGGUCAGUGUGGAGAAGCAGGUGCGGAGGGAGGGGCGCCCGUGCUGUGGGGCAGUGACUCAAGAGUGAGUCAUUCUUGA